AAUAGCGUUGGUUUUCGACCCACCUGCUUAGUCUCGCUUUCGAGCGAGCGACGGCACGUUCUCCAUUGUGUUCCCCGCGACCGUGAGAAAUCAGGAGCGCUGCGAUGUCGACCGUCGACGACGCGAUCCACCGGAGGAUGAGAGACGACACGGAGGCGCAGCCCGAGGCGAAAGGCGACAGCGAGCUCGUCAAGUUCUACGCCGGCCUGAGCGUGCUCUUCACCGGCGCUACCGAUCUCCUCGGCAAGUGCGCCCUCGAGAAAUUGCUCAGGGCGUGCCCUCAAGUGCAGCGAGUUUACGUGCUGCCGAGGGUCAAGAGUGGCCAGGAUUUCCAGGACAAGUGCACCAAGUUCUUCAAGGACAGCCUGUUCGACGCCGCGAGGGAGCGGAAUGCCGACUCGAAGGAGAAGAUCGCGUUCGUGAGAGGCGACCUGAGCCAAGAGAACCUGGGGGCCUGAGCGACGAAGACCAGCCUGCCGCCGGCGGAGCUGAAAACCGUGGAGGACACGAUCGUCGCCGACGAGGCGCCCAGCGGACUCACCAAGGACGCCCUCCGGAUGCUGCUCGGCGAGUGGCCCGACGUGUUCACCUUCGCCAAGGCUACCGCCGAGGAGCUCGUGCGGCAGCACGCCCCGGGAGCUACCUACGCCUGCUGCGUCUUCAGGCCCAGUCUCGUGAUGUCGACGUACAAAGAGCCGAUGCCGGGAUGGUGCGACAAAAAGAACGGAGUGGCCGGAUUGUUCGCCAAAGUGGCCAGAGGUACCGUGCACGUCAUGUGCAAAACCGAUUACCCCUGCGACUUGAUCCCGGCCGAUAUGAGCGCGAACGCUUUGCUCGUGUGCGCCUGGGGUGCUGUUGAUCGCUGGCAAAUCAAGAGGGAAGCUUUCGUUUAUAAUUACGGCACGAGUCAAGAAAGACCAAUCAGCAUGGGCCAAAUCAAGGAGAAAAUAAUGAGCGAUGCAAGCGGCUUGAAGAGUUCGCUGAACAACUGCAGAAAGUCGUACGUCGUGUUCGUCUCGAAUUUUCUCGUUUACCUCGCUCUACGCUUAAUCAUGGACUAUAUACCAGCUCUGAUGAUCGAUUUGCUGACGGUGCUGCACGGAUACCCACCCGAAUCGCGGUCACUGGUGCGCCAGUCAAUGGGCGAGAUGUGCCGACUGCGCCGCUUCACGACCGGCAACUGGCGAGUCCGAAUGCCGGAGAUGCCGAAGGCGUACGAGCGACUGAACUCGCGCGACCGAGAGAUCUUCUACAGCGACGUGCGAAGCCUCGACUGUGACGACUUCUUCCUGACCUUCUGGCGUGGCGUUCGCGUGCAUUACCUUGGCGAGCGACUCGACGGCCCGCAGCACGACUCAAAUGGCAAGAGAUGCAAGUGCCCCUGCAAGUGCAAGUGCGCCUGCGGCGCGAUAGUCGCCGCCUUCGGGCUCGUCGCUUGCUACGCGAUCAACGCCCUGCUCUUUUGACAGACCGCGCUCAUGUAAACCAGCCGCUUUUGGGCACGACCAUCGCUACCAAAUAAACGCUCAGCCUCGUGCAGUAAACGCCUUGUUUUCUCGUGGUAUGCUCGAGACGUGCCGGCGCGCGCACGAGAACGUCAAGUGAUCAGAAAAAUCUUUAUUUAACGCACCUUGCGCAAAAGAGUGCGUCAGCAGAAACGUAUCAAUACUCGUUUAUCCAUAUGCAAUGAGCCGUGUCAACGGUCAGCAAAUUUUCUUCGUUUCUCAGCUCUCGCGCGCGAGGCAGCUGACUGCGUGGGAAUAUGCUGAUACGUUCGCGAUUGUUGAGUACCUUUUGGCCGUUGACGCGUGCGGGUGUGACCCACGCCAAAAAUUUUCCAAGUUUUCUCGUGCAACGAGACAAAGCAUUUUUCAUGGUUUUAAUGUCGCUAUCGGCGCAGUCACCUAAAUACACAAUAAUAAAUUUUCGUUUUUCAGCGAAGCUUAAUAUUUCAUUGGAAUGGAAGAAGGUGGGGAAAAGUCAAAUCAAUUAAUAACCAUCGUUAUAUAGAAUAAUACUCUUUAUUGUUUUUGAUAGUUCUUGUUGUUGUCCAUAUUGUAAGUCGUUUUUUCUUUUUUGCUCGAAUUUUAGCCGUCGAGUGUUUUUUUUUUUCGUUUUAAUGUAUAACCGCUGGUACAAUGAAUUAUUUAUUGAUCGUCGCACAGUAAAUUCUUCUCUCGUCAUUGUAUUCUUUUAACAGAAGAAAAAAAACAGUAUCUUAUGUAAACGCACGGAACAAUCUUGGUCCGAUCGCUGGUCCGAGCCUGCAACGCGUUUAUUUCGGGACCGCUUGCGACUAGAAUACAUAGAAAAA